GACCUGAUGAUAGAGGAGCUGGGACCAAAGGCAAUCAAUGCUGCAUUAAUGUCACAUGGGAAGGAAUUCCCACGCACAUUAGCCUUCUCAUCGGCUGUAAUUGGCAUAUACAGCUGCGUAGAGGACUUCUACAAGGCGUCGCUGUCGUUUCUCCUGGACUUGAAUCUGUCGCACACACAGCUGGACGAG